GUGUUACAGAACUUCUUGUUGUAUGUUCAGCUGAUAUUUAUUUCAGCCUUGUUAUUUCACAUUACAUCCCAGCCAGCACCGCACUGCCCUCCCCUCCACUGCUGUGUUAUAUGAUAUAAUCCUGUGUGAUGUAACUCCUGUGCUUGUCUCCUCCCAUCGCGUGCACAUAGUCUUUAUUGCUCUUUACAAUUUGUCACACUGUUCUUCAUCUGAUAAAGGGUGCAGCCUCAUAUUAAUCUACAGGAUGUCCAGCAAAAAGCCUCAAACCAUUGCUGCUGCACAGAAAACAAACUUCACAAAAGUGCAUGGGCUGCCAGACAUCACCCCCUUGGUAAGUUCGGUGCAGGAGACACCUGAGCCCAUCCCCACCACAGUUAAAGGCACCAUCCCAACCUGGAUCCAUGGGAGUCUGCUGCGGAAUGGUCCAGGAAAGUUUGAGUUUGGGAAUCAGCACUAUAACCACUGGUUUGAUGGCAUGGCCUUGAUGCAUCGCUUUCAGAUUGAGGACGGUCAGGUGACAUACAGAAGCCGUUUUUUGUGCAGCGACUCGUAUACGCAGAACAGCGAGAGGAACCGCAUCAUAGUUUCAGAGUUUGGCACUUUGGCUCUACCUGAUCCCUGCAAGAACUUCUUUCAGCGCUUCCUGUCUAGAUUUGAGAUGCCAAAGCCAACAGAUAAUGCCAGUGUCAACUUUGUUAAAUACAAGGGUGACUAUUAUGUCAGCACAGAGACAAACUACAUGCACAGAGUGGAUCCAGAUACUUUGGAGUCCAAACAGAAGGUUGACUGGAGCAAGUUCAUUGCUGUGAAUGGUGCUACUGCUCAUCCACACUUUGAUCCAGAUGGCACAGCUUACAACAUGGGCAACUCAUACAGAAACAAAGGGGCUUUCUAUAACAUCAUCAGGGUGCCACCAGAAAGAGACGGCCCAGAAGAUACUCUAGAGGGAGCCAAAAUAUUAUGCUCUAUUGCCCCUCGUGACAAAUCCAAACCCUCCUAUUACCACAGCUUUGGCAUGUCAGAGAACUAUGUAGUGUUCAUCGAGCAGCCCAUUAAGAUGGACCUGUUUAAGACAGUGACUGGUAGACUAAGGGGAAAAUCACUAAAUGAGGGUGUUCACUGGGACCCCAACCAGGAAACCAUAUUCCACCUUAUUGACAAACAAACUGGAAAGGAGAUGCCAGUGAAGUACUACACCAAGGCCUUGUCCACCUUCCAUCAGAUCAAUGCUUUUGAGCAGGAUGGAUUCCUCAUGCUAGACAUGUGCUGCUCUGAUGACGGCCAGUCCAUAAACAACUUCCUCAUCCAGAACCUGCGUCAAUCAGGGGAGGCAUUGGAUGAGAUGUAUAACACCAUGAGCAGGCCAUUUCCCCGUCGUUUUGUGCUGCCUCUCAACAUCACCAGUGAAACCCUGCUGGAACAGAAUCUCAACACACGGCCUGACAGCACCGCUACUGCUGUCUGCCGUACCAAAAACCAGGUGUUUUGCACAUUUGAGGAUCUACAUGGCGAAGACCUGAAAGACUACGGUGGUUUGGAGUUUCCACAUAUUAAUUACGCCAGAUAUAACACCAAACCUUAUAGAUACUACUAUGGUUGUGGCUUCCGUCACCUAGUGGGUGACUCUCUAAUUAAGAUGGAUCUGGAAAGCAAAAAGUUCAAGGUAUGGCGCCAGCCUGAUCUCUACCCAUCAGAGCCUGUCUUCAUUCUUUCACCCAAUGCUGUGGAAGAGGAUGAUGGAGUCAUCCUGUCUGUGAUCAUCACACCAGUUAAGGACAAGAGUACAUUUCUUUUAGUCCUAGAUGCCAAAACAUUUGAAGAGCUGGGAAGAGCCGAAGUGCCUGUCAACAUUCCUUAUGGAUUCCACGGAGUCUUCAACUUCAGUGCAUGACGCUUUUUCGGAUCACUCCAACAAAUGACAAGUUACCACACCAGUCACCUGCUACUAUUACAAGCAAGAGAAUAACAUAACAAUAUUUCUAUGAAAUCAGCCCAAAGAGAUCCUCCACAUAUCAACCUCAUAUUUUUUUUAUGAAAAAAAAGAAGAAAAACAAAUACUUUAUAUUUACAGUUAAUUACUAAUUAAUUAGAAAUUACUUUAACUAACAUACAAGUACUGUUUCUAUAUCUAGAAUAUCUAGAAAGAAUUAACAGCUUAACAAUUGAAAUUUUUCUACAUCUUUGAAAAUGAAAGAGUUUGAUGUACUGUGUAAAAACAGCUUUGUUCCAAACUUUUUGAUGUAAGGUUCAACACAUUUACACAUUACUGAUACCUACUUGGUGUUCAGCAACUUGGCCCACCCAGUCAAAUUGAUAUAAUGAGGAGGAAGUAGAAUGGAUACUAUCAUUUUUACAGCAGCAGAAAAUGCUAUUGUUUGUAUUUAACAAUAAGAAUAGUAAGAUGGUGAGAUCUGCAAACCUUGUGUUGUUUCUGGCUCCCAGAUGUAAUGUAAUGAAGGCUUUGCAAAGAGGCUUUCAUUUAUGGGAAAAAAAACAGCUUGUUGAAUUCUGUGGGUCAGAAAGAGGAUGGAAAUCGUAAUGUAACACUAAAUUAUGGGUUUUGGUGCUAAACAUUGUGGUGAACCGCAGGGGGAAAAUACUUUCAAAACAAAUAAAUUAUGUUAUGAUCUCUUUAAAAUAGUGUUGAAAGCACACCCCGUUUUGAUGCAUAAAUGAUUUCUCUAUACAUAUUCUGUCUUUAAUAUUUUCUUUUCUCCAGUUUAUAUCUUUUAAAUUGUGGACUGUGAACUUAUACCACAAUAUGAAACAUUUGCAAUUGAUUUUAUUUGCUCAGUAUUGUAUCAGUUAUACAUUGCAUUGUUUCAUACAAGGUUUGUUUUCUUUUACUCUAAAAACAAAUGUGAACAUACAGUACCACUAGAUUUGAAUGU